AUGGACGCCCCGGCCAAACUGCAGAGCAUGGGCCCGACAUCACCCGCUGUCGCCGAGGACACCGCCAUCUUGCUGGCGGCUGGCAAGAUCUGCAUGACCGUCCUCGCCUCCUCACCUGCUGGCACUCGGUUGAGAGACACAUAUUACUGGAUUAUCAUCUCCUUCUUCUUUGCCAUCCAGGAGAUCAACUGGAAUCCCAGGCUCUUGCCCAACAUCUCCCUGGGCUACAACAUCUAUGGCAGCUUCAAUGAUGCUAGACUGACAUCCGAUGCAGCCAUAGACCUGCUCUCAACAAGCCAGGCCCAUGUUCCCAACUACAACACCAUCCAGGCUAUGGCCCAUGCCUUGGAUGUGGCUUUUACCACCAAAUUCAAGAGACUGCAGAAGGAAAGAGAACACAGGCUGAGCAUGCAAGGGCUUCAGCCAUGGCAGCAGGCCAGGUGUGUGGAGAGCUGUCGCUCGGGAUCCUUCAAGGUGGCUCGGGAAGGAGAGCCCGUUUGCUGCUAUGACUGUGCUCCCUGUGCGGAAGGGACCAUCUCCACUCAGGAAGAUGCAGAACAUUGCAUGAAGUGUCCAGAAGACCAAUAUCCAAACAAGGCCCGUGAUCAGUGCAUCCUCAAAGUCAUCACCUUCCUGUCCUAUGAAGAACCUUUGGGGACCUUCCUCACUUGCUUGGCCCUACUUUUCACCAUCACCACAGGAUUUAUAUUAGGAAUCUUCAGGAAAUUCCAAGAAACCCCUGUAGUCAAGGCCAACAACCGAGACCUUUCCUACAUCCUUCUUGUAUCCCUGCUGCUUUGCUUUCCAUGCUCGUUUCUCUUCAUUGGUCAGCCAAGAUGCAUCACCUGCAUUUUCCGUCAAAUGGCCUUCAGCAUCAUCUUCUCAGUGGCCAUCUCUUCCCUCCUGGCAAAAACUGUCACUGUGGUACUGGCCUUCCUGGCCACUAUGCCAGGAAACAGGGCAAGGAACUGGUUGGGGAAGAGCUUGGCCAUCUCUAUUGUCAUCUCUUCUUCCAGUAUCCAACUUAUCAUCUGCACCAUCUGGCUGGGAAUUUCUCCCCCAUUCCCUGACUCUGACAUGCACUCACAGACUGGCCAGAUCAUUCUGCAGUGCAACGAAGGCUCUGUGGCCAUGUUCUAUGCUGCCCUGGGCUACAUGGGCUUCCUGGCUGCCGUCUGCUUCACAGUGGCCUUCCUGGCCAGAAAGCUGCCUGGGGCCUUCAACGAGGCCAGGCUGAUCACCUUCAGCAUGCUGGUCUUCUGCAGCGUCUGGGUGUCCUUCGUGCCCACCUACCUGAGCACAAGGGGCAAGUACAUGGUGACCGUGCAGGUCUUCUCCAUCUUGGCCUCCAGCGCUGGGCUGCUGGGCUGCAUCUUCCUGCCCAAGUGCUGCAUUAUUCUAGUGAGGCCUGACCUGAAUACCAAGGAGCAUCUCAUGGUGAAGACCAAGGGCUGA